AUGGAAGAACUUGAAUAAUACUAUUAAGUCAUCAAAUUCUUAGGAGCUGGGGGUUUUGGAAAGGUAGUUGAAGCUGUAUACAAAGAGGGAGGAGGAGAACAUGUGGCUGUGAAAGUAAUAUCGUAUUCUAAUGUUUAAUCAGAUUCUUCCCAAAAAGGAUUAUAAAGUAGCCUAGAUCUUAUCAGAGGCUUAAAUUCUUGCUAAGAUGAAGCAUCCUAAUAUAGUUCAAUUUAAGGGUGUUAGAGAAACAGAAAAUAAGCUGCUUAUUGAAAUGGCACUUAUCAAAUAAGGUCCGUUGAAAGUGCGCAAAUAUACAUAAUAAGAAGCUAGAAUCAUUAUGACCAGUAUAUUCAAAGCAGUUUAGUUUAUUCAUGAACAUGGAGUAGUGCAUCGAGAUCUUAAGCCUGAGGUAACUAUAAUUGAAUUAAGAUAAGAGAAUAUACUAGUAGAAGACUCUAACGAUUUCAGUACACUAAAGAUUGUAGAUUUUGGAUUAUCGGCUGGAUAAAUUGUAUUACAUGGACAAUGUGGAACACUUAUUUAUAUGGCUCCAGAGCUAUUUAGUUAACGUGUUUACUCUAAGCCAAUAGAUAUUUGGAGUUGUGGAAUUAUACUUUAUUAAAUGUUAACAGGAAAGCAUCCAUUAUAUAAAGGAGGAGAGCAUUCUCAUGAUUAUAAAAAGAAACUUCUAGAUCCAAAAUGGGAAUUCCCUGAAGAUUUUGAUCCAUUAGCAAAACAUCUCUUUUUGAAAUGUGUUUCUUUGGACCCUAUUCAUAGAUAUAGUGCAAAUUAAAUCUUAUAACAUCCUUGGAUUACUAAUUCUAAAACAGAUCCAAUUCCAUUAACUUUACCAGAGAUGUAUAAAGCAUUUACUGCAAGAGAGUUAAUUCUUCAGAAAAUUAAAACUAUUAUGCUAUUAGUUUCAAUUAAAGGUUUAAAAGUAGACACUACGUAAUUAAUAUUGAUUAUAUGAAUCUUAGAUAUUUGAUGAAACAAUAAUAAUAAUUAUAGACCAAUACUUCAAAUUUAUUAGAUAAAGAUUAUAUUAAAGAGAUGCUCAGAGAAUAAUAAGCAUUAAAAGAAAAUAAAAAUAUUCCACCUAUUAAAUAAUAAUUGAGAUAUGAAAAGAUAUUAUAAGUAUUUAUAAUAUCAAUAUUUUAAGAGAAUCUAAGAAAAUGGAGUGAAAGAACCAGAAGAAAAGUGUUUAUCUAAAAAUUCUUAACAUGUGCAUACUAAUGAAAACAGUUAACCUUCUUCUUCUCAAAAGUCUUUGAAUAGCAGUGUUAUUCAUCAUGAUUUAAAUCUUAAAGAACAACUUUAUAUAUAAACUGGAAACAAACAUCAUUUUAAAAAGAGACUUUUCAAAAAAACUCAUUAAAGUGAUAAAAAAAGGAUAUCAAAUCCAUUUGUAAUACCAGCACUUCGUUCAAGAUCAAAUACAGCUAAUCAUAAAACUGAAUCAAAAUAGGUUUAACCAUAACAUUUUGAAUCUCCAAAAAAACCAAUCUCUAUGAUUCGUUCUUUUAAAUAAUAGAUUAAUUCUUAACAAUAAUAAUAAUAAUAAUAAUAAAGCCAAUCUCCUAUUAGAAAACCUCCAGAUAUCAAAAAUAGAAGCAACAGUUCAACUAAAAAAUUAAGUAUGGUAGAAUAAGAAUGUAUAGAUGCUUACCGUUUCGAUUAAGAUAGUAUACUAUUAUUUUUAUUAAUCUCAUAGAAGUUAUACAUAGUAUGUUCAUGCCAAGAGUGUUUAAUAAAAAAAUACUACCAUUUUCAAGAAAUUUUUAAUAAAGACUUCCUGUUUAACCCCAAAGUUUAGAAUUAAAUAUACUUAAACCACCACUACCUAAAAAAGUUAUCUGA